AUCAUAUCGGCUCCGAGCUCCACAGGGAUCAAGGCAGGCCCAGUAAGAUUGCACGCCUGCGGACCCAGACUCGCCCUCUGUGCCUCCCGUCCUCCAGAAGUACUGACGCUCUGGGAUAUUAAACUGCUAAGGAGAUUUGGUAUGGUAGACAAGAGGUUCUGCGUGGAAGGCGGUUCGAGGUGCGGGAAGGGCGAAGGGCUGUUCGUGUUUGCGGCAGAGGGUGGCAGGGAGCUGACGGAACUCCUCAACAUAUACAGCCACGAGGCCCAUUCUCGUCUCAGUGUGGUGUCGAGGAGUGGUUCCGUUUUAGAGAAGCGGUACUCAGAUACUAGUUCGUGCAUGGACGACUGUUUCAAUCAAUCGAUGCGGUCUGUAUCUCCCUCGUGGGCGGCUCCUGGAAGCCAGACCAUGCACUGCUUGUCGGACCUUGAUACCAGCCUGGACAGCAAUGAAGAUAAAUUCAGACGGCCGACCUCCCUGCCGCGCUGCUCCAGCUGCAUCGGAAAGAUCAGUCAUUUGACAAGGUCGUCGACAAUGAACACACCUGGAUCGAUCAUGUCCCCAGUGUGGACGAUGGACAAUAUCAUGGAAAAGCGGUCUGACUCCGACCGAGCGUCAAUCUACUCGAGAUCAAGCGGCAGUGCGUCUGAGUACUCAGUACCUCGCAGCGCCUGCCUUCUUGACAAAAGUUUCGAGUCCAAGAGAUCAAGUCCCGUCGGUUGUUGUACGCCAACCGUGCCAGUGAAGACUGGCAACACUUGCCAAUGCUGGCAACAACCGAAGCCUUGCUGUUGCAAGAAGAAAACCUUCAAUGGACCCUACGAAAACUAUGACGUGCCAAAGACGCCAAUGCCUUUAAUACAGGAGCAUCCAGUGGACGUAGUAUCCGACGCUGCGAGUUUGUAUGACACACCAAAGAAAUUGAAAUGUCUAAUGCAGUCGUGCGACUGCGCACACAACGAAACCAAAAACGAUGAGAACCAAACACACGACAACAACACAUGUGAUAAUAGCGCUAUCAACAAUAUCGAAUCACAUUCAAAUUAUGUCAACGUUACGCCCACGUCUAUCAAACCGAUAGAACUAACGAACUGUGAGAAUAUAGACCGAGCGACGUUAGACGAAUUUGAGAGCUCAUUACAGAUUCUCAGAAGCUUCAUCCUUCGACCGAUUGUUGCAACGACCACCUAA